AUGAAGCGAAGUGAAAAACCAACGGAUGACGAAGAUGAGACAGAAAUUGAUGAGGAAGUUACCGAAAGUGAAAAAUCUGGUAUUUCAAAUAAAAAGCCACACUUUCUUGGUAUCCCGAUUUAUAAAUUAUCUUACAAGCGGUUACCCAGAAAAUGUCUAAGAGUUUCAUUCUUUACAAUCAACGCUGCCGUAUUUCUGGCAGGAAUAUCUGCAGUCGUAAUAUCAAUGUGGAUGUUAGCCGACAGUAAAUUAAUGUUACGUCUGACAGCUCAAAAAUUAUUUGUUACCAUUCUUCUCAUCAUCGGAAUAGUUUUCGCAAUUUUAGCUUUCAUUGGAAUUCUCGCAUUCGCAAAAAAAAAAAAAAAUUUUAUAACGAUCUAUAUUGCCUGUCAUUCAUUGUCGCUCUGCAUAAUUUUUUUCUGUUCUGUAAUGAGCGCCUCGUUCUUUGAACGCAUAACUUGGAAAAUACGCCAAGACAUGAACACUACGUUAAUUAAAUACCAUUCACUGGAUUGGGUCACUGAAGCGUGGGAUAACACUCAGCAAUAUCUUAAAUGUUGCGGAAUUAAAUCUUACAAAGACUGGGGAGAAUAUUUAAUGGAAAUACCUCAAAGUUGCUGUUCAAAAUUAAUAGAUCAAUGUCUUCAUAUGUCUCCAGACGUAGCUUAUAAAUCUGGAUGCUUAAAAAAUUCUUACCUGAUGUUAAAAUCAUACGUUGAUACGGUGACAGUUGCGAUACUCUUACUUUCUUUCACUACAGUAAUUAUUUAA